GUUGACUGUCACCUAAACAAAACUUAACGGAGACUAAUAACCAAUGACCAAACUUGGAUUAUGUAACUAAUUUGAGUGACUAUUGAUGUAAUAAAUUAAUCUUAAUAGCAUGAACUUUUAUAAUAAUUCUGGUGACCAAACCUGUAAUUUACCCAUUAAUCCCCGUUCGAAAUCGACCAUAUCAUUGUGCGCCAGCCACCUCCAGUGAGAGGUCGGAGUUCUCCGUUCGCCUCGCCGGCCUUCUCAGCGGUGAGUAUCAACUGGGAAAGCACCAUGAGCUCCUCUAGCAACAAAUCGAGGAACUUCCGCCGCCGACCAGACCACGACGAGCCCAAUCCCGACGACGCCGCCGCUGCAGUCGCCCCGUCACCUGAUCCCUCACGCAAACCGGCGCCAGCGGCACCUUCAUCUGCUUCCGGUUCUUCCAAGCCGAAGAAGCUUCUUAGUUUCGCCGACGACGAAAGGGAAGACGACGAUUCCGCCGCUGUCACACCUCUUAAUCUUUCUUCCCGCCCUUCUGGUAGGCGUAAACCUCCUUCCUCUUCGGCUUCUUCUUCUUCUCGACUGGGAAAACCUAGUUCUUCCUCCCACAAGCUCACCGCCUCCAAGGACCGAGUUCCUCUUAGCUCCCCGGCUAACACCUCCAAUGUCAUUCCCCAGGCCGGGACUUACACAAAAGAAGCCCUUCUCGAGCUCCAAAAGAAUGCGCGCACCCUCGCUAAACCUUCCUCCAAGCCCUCUCCUGCCUCCACCUCCUCUGAGCCUAAGAUCAUUCUCAAGGGCCUUCUCAAGCCCGCUCCUCCCUCCCCCCACCAAACCCUAGGAGACCGCUAUGUUUCUGAUCAUCUUAAUAGUAACAACGCAGACGAUGAUGACGACCCAUUUGAAGAUCGAUUGGCGUCAAUGGGUUUGGGGAAAUCGAAAUCCGGAAUCAUCCCUGACGAGGAAAGAAUCAGGAAGAUUAAGGCUGAGAGGGAGAAGAAGAGGCACUCCAGUUCUUCUGCCCCUGACUUCAUCCCUCUCAAUGGACCUACUAAUGAUGCUCAAGGGUCGAGUGACGAUGAUGACGAGCUUGAGCUUAGAACCCGUGUUGCUUUGGUGGGCAGGAAAGACGGCAACACUCAUGGCGUCUUUGAGGAUGUCGAGCAUCUUCCCCCGUCUGCUGCUGUUUCGGCCAGAUAUACGAAUGUGGUUGAAGAUGUUGCUAAUGAUGGUGGUGAUGAUGAAGACGAAGCUUACAAAAUUUGGGAACGAGAGCAGUUAGGGAAGGCCUUGGGGAGGAGAAUGGAUGAUGCUUCUGCUGGUGCUACUAAUAGAGCUGUUGCAGGUGGUGUCAGUUCUCAUAACACUGCCACGAUGAUGAUGCCACCACCUCUACCACAGCAGCAGCAGCAGCAGCAGCAUAGGGUCAGUAGUGCGUACCCGAACAUUGGAGGAGGUUUUAUGGCAUCUCAAGGGUUGGAUAACUUGACCAUUCCACAGCAGGCCGAAGUUGCUUUGAAGGCAUUGCAGGAUAAUUUCAGGAGGAUAAAGGAAUCUCAUGAUAGAACUGUUUCAGCACUAGAAAGAACUGACGAUAACUUAACUUCCUCGCUGGAUAAUAUUACUGCUCUUGAAGGGUCCUUGUCAGUCGCUGGUGAGAAGUUCAUCUUUAUGCAAAGGCUUCGUGACUUUGUUUCUGUUUUAUGUGAUUUUUUGCAGGAUAAAGCUGCGUAUAUAGAGGAGCUUGAAGAGCGAAUGCAAAAGGUUCAAGAGGAACGUGCAGCGGCUAUUUUGGAACGAAGAAUUGCCGAUGAUCAUGAUGAAAUGGUGGGAGUAGAUACAGCUGUCAAAGCAGCAAUGCUAGUCUUCAAGGAACGUGGCCAUUCUGCAUUAAUGAUUAGUGCUGCUGCAAGUGCUGCGCAUACAGCUUCAGCUGCCUUGAAAGUUCAAGAAAAAGCAAUUCUACCAGAGUUAGAUGAACUGGGUAGAGAUAUGAGCAUGUAUAAGCGCAUGGAGAUGAAGCGGCGGGCUGAAGCCCGUCAACGUAGGAGAGCUAAGUUUGAUUCAAAGAGAAUUUCAUCAUCAAUGGAAGUUGAUGACAGCUCUGCUGAACAGAAAAUAGAAGGAGAAUCAAGCACUGAAGAGAGCGAGAGCGAGAGUGAAGCUUACCGGUCGAGUCGGGAUAGGUGUCUUGAACCAGUGGAUCAAAUUUUGAGCGAUGCCUCUGAGGAAUUUUCCCAGCUUUCUGUGGUAAAAGAAAGAUUAGAGAAAUGGAAACAGGAAUAUGCAGGGAGCUAUCGGGAUGCGUACAUGUCGCUCAGUGUACCAGCAAUCUUCUCUCCCUAUGUGAGACUAGAGCUUCUUCACUGGGACCCUCUUCGCAAGUCUGAUGACUUUUUUGACAUGAAUUGGCAUUCUCAGUUAUUCAACUAUGGUAUACCAGAGGGAGCAUCUGAUUUGAAUUCAGAGGAUUCUGACAGCAACCUUAUUCCUCAACUGGUGGAAAAAAUUGCUGUCCCGAAGUUGCAUCACCAAAUCGUCCACUGUUGGGACACGCUCAGUACCCUGGAAACAGGAAAUGCUGUUGCUGCCACAAGCAUGGUGAUAAAUUAUGUUCCAGCCUCAAGUCAGGCUCUAUCAGAACUAUUAGUUGCAGUUCGCACUCGACUUGCUGAUACAGCAUCCAACAUUGUGGUCCCUAACUGGAGCUCUCUCGUUCUAAAGGCAGUCCCCAGUGCAUCGCGAAUAGCAGUGUAUCGGUUUGGAGUCUCGGUUCGUUUGAUGAGGAAUAUCUGCUUGUGGAAGGAUAUUCUCGCGAUGCCGGUUCUAGAGGAGCUUGCUCUGGAUGAGCUCUUGUGCAGGAAGGUCCUGCCUCAUGUUCAAAGCAUUUCGUCGGACGUUCAUGACGCGAUUGCCAGAACUGAGAGGAUUGUUGCUUCUUUAUCCGGGGUUUGGACUGGUCCAAAUGUCACCGGGGAUCGCAGUGGCAAGUUGCAGGUGCUGGUGGACUUUGUGGUAUCAUUAGGAAGGACACUGGAGAAGAAGCAGGCAGCUUUGGGGGUGAGCGAGGGGGAGACUAGUGGGCUUGCUCGACGCCUGAAGAAGAUGUUGGUUGAACUCAAUGACUACGACAAUGCACGACGCAUUGCGAAAGCCUUUUGUCUGAGGGAGGCUUUGUGAGUAAGAAUGUGAUACGAAGGAAGAUCGUAGUUUACUGAGGCAAGGUGAUGAAGGGACUUUAACUGGAGAAGAGAGAGAAUAGGAUGAGGCCAUGUUAGCGUUGUUUCUGUUGAUCGAUUCUAGUAAUAUGGCGGCAACAAGCUUUGAUCUUGUUUCUCUCAUGUACAACUUCAAGCAGGAGAAUUGCGUGGAUGCUGUGCUACAACUUCCAUCUUUACCUCAUAGUAUUUGGUAGUAACGCAAACGAAAGAAUGUGGCUUUAAGCCAACAAUGUUGUUGCUCAAAUGGUUAUGUUAUUAGAUAUUGAUCUGAACCAUAUAUAUCACACGCAUCAAACCCCACAUAUAUCACAAAUACCAAAUGGCAAUCGAAUUUUGCCCUUUGCCACCACUCUUUAUUGUUUCUCAGUUGAACAAAUCACAGCAUAUACCCUUUCUAUUUUUUCCACCCCUUAACUUACACCACUUGCACUAUAACCCCUCCAAAAAGAAAGGCAACCACAACAAAAGCAACCGAAAAAUGGAAGUAAACGUGAUCAACAUGAGCUGAUUCUUCACAACCCAAAUCCAAAAAUGGAGAGCCAAAGCUCAAAACUUUCCAAAACCCACAACACCAAACUCUCCAGUCUCCACCCAUCAUUCGCUCUCCACGAGCAAACAAUAGUGCGAAACUUACCCAAGUUCCAAAUCCAAUAAUAAAAAAAAAAGACCUGCAAUCACAAACAAAACAUCAGUCAGUUCCCCCACGGCACCCGAAGCUAGUUUAGAAGCAGCUACGAUAAUUUGCAGAAGCGUCUGUUAUUUAAUUGAUUUGGAAUGUAAGAUACUAGAACCAUACGAGUAGUAGGAAACCAUAUAUGGUAGUGCAGGAGAGCAUGGAGUUAAAGAAUUUUGAUUAACAUCUGCAACUUCAAGAUAUUUAAACAAACCUGACUAAUGUUUUUGUUUUCAUUUUAUCUACUGUCCUGCAAAAGGGUUGAUAGCCAUGCCUCAAAAACCAUCCAGAGAUAGUAGUGUCCAUGUUGACAGAUAAAUGGGAUAAUGCUAUUAGGGCAGAAAUGGAUAUUACUAGGUUAGAAGUCGGAUGAAAACCACGGAAAGCUGUUUAUGCAUGCAUAACCAAAUGUCGACUCAACAAAGCACCAAUGAGAAGAGUAGUGCGGGACGAAAGUUCUAAAUCUAGAAAAACUCAAAGCCUGUGGCCCGUGUAACAGUUCUCAACGCAACCCAGUAUCAAGUGGAACUUAUCAUCAAUCAGGUGUACAACAAAGUUAACUUGGACCCAUUUCCCUUCAGAAGGCAGCAACAAACACAGCUUUUCUUCAGUGGAUAGAUUAGUACUUCAUCACCAAAAUCUCUGUUUGUUCAUAGUUGAGUUCUUCACCUAAGAUGUUUCAACCGCAACCAGUUUGCAUAUUCUGAAGUCAUAUUUUAUGCUCAAGCAAUCAAAUACAUAAACUAGGCAACCCUACUAGUUAGCAUGUUCAUCGACUGAUAUCAGAUUUCUAUCAGAGCAUCCUCAUUUUGGAUAUUGAUGGAACUAAUACAAGCACAUAAUUCCGGCUAAACUCUAGCUCAGUACCUUUGCUCGCAACUCUAAAAUUAGUUUUUCCAGGACAGCUAGAAAGCAAAGGAACAGGGUGUGGCAUGGCCGGAAUCCAAUAGGUCAAAGCUACUAGAUGAGCAGAUGAAUGCUUACCUGUAUUUGACUGGCAGCAACGUGUAAUCCUUUUGCAAGAUGAACCACCAAAAAAUCUGAAGAAUCUGUAUAACAACACUCCAAGAAUGCCCAACUACACAUAAAGUAUCAAAAUGACUCCAACAUAUAGUGAAGCUUUGGAGCCCGACGACGAAACAAUGGCUCCAACCUAAAAGAUGGAACACCAAUUUCCCACCUCUUAGCAUCAUACAUUUCAUUCCAUGCUUGUACUAUCUCAUCAAUUUUGAAGCUCAAACCAUCAAAAGCUGUUACAUUGGAACAGUGAUUCUUUAUCAUAACUGCUAUAUCUGUUGGAGAAGCUCCAGCAAGUUCAAACUUUUCAACGGCAACCUCCAGACAUUCUUCCCAAGUUGGCAGCUCUAGCCUAUACUCCACAACAGAACGCUCAUACAACAUAGUACCCCAUAAGAGGUUUAUCUGGGAGCUCAUGUUUGCCGCCUGCUCUGCAGCUUCUUCAGGUGAUAGCUCUUUCAAUAGAUUAUCCAGCCCCAAUUUCUCUAGCUGACAUUUAUACUUGUCAAAUUUGGAGAUUCCAUUUUGGCGUUGCUCCCCAAUCUCCUCCCACAUCUGCAUACCUCUUUCCAUGCAGUCUUCAGCCUUGUUGUACAGGUCUAGCACCUCUUCAGAAGGCCCAUUCUCCAAAUCGAUCUUGCUACCAAUAGCAUGAUACCAACAAAGCUUUGCUUGCUCAAACUGCUGCUGACCAAGUGCCAGAAGACUUUCAUAGAAGUCUGGUUUUAAUUUAAGGGCCUCAUGGUAUCUCUCUCCGGCCUUCACGUAUUCAGUCUUCCCCCAUUCAUAGGCACUCUUAACUAGUUCCAGUAAUGUCUCCCUGGAACCAUCUUCAGGGAAAAAGACCCGCUUCCUAGCUCUUGACAUGUGAACAUUCCCCCAAUUGAAUAAGGCCAAUGCUGCCAUCUCUUGAAAUUUGUCAACAGCAAUAUCAAACAGCUCCUGGGCUUCUUCACUUGUUACAGUAUCCUCCAUUGCCUCUGAGUAUAGCUUCAUCCCCAGUUCAUGAAUAUCCAGAUAAUUAUCAGAAUCAAAACCAACAUGGUUCUUGAACAAUCGUGCAAACUGGAUAAUCCAAUCAUCGAUGGAAGCAGACUCGAUUUGAGGCUCAUUGCUUCCUACCCCACCAUUCCCAUUCUCAGGAGCAACAAGAGUUUGUUCCUGACUGCUAACAUUUGCAUUCUCAUCUGUCUUUGUUCGCUCAUAAGCUGGCUCUAGAUCCAGGCUGACCUCAACAACAUAGAACUUGAGAGAUCCUUGUGAGCCAAUAGAUGAUUCUGCUAACCUCAGCUCAUCCGUGGAAGUAAUAGUAACCAAAUCACCCUCUUGGUCCCUAUACUUCACAAGAACACCUCUCAAGCCAGGAAACCUGUCUCGAACUAUAUCCCUUAGCAACCCAACAGUACAAUUCGCAGGCAACUGUGCCCACCUUAUAUCUUCUCCUAAGACCAACUUCACGGACUUGGAAAUUGGCUUCUCUUCUUCCUUAACCUCUUUAUUCACCAGUCUCUCCGCCUGAACAGUCUUCACAAUCACUUCUUUCGUCUUAAUCACAGGAGUCACUUUCUUCUCCUCCACAACAACCUUCUCUUUCUCAUCUGCCUUCUUCUCCUCUACUUUAUCACCCUUCUUCUUCUUCUUUAUCUUCUCUUUCACAACUUUGCGCAAACGAGAGGCACCAACAACCUUCUCUGCCUCCUCAGCAGCAAUGGACUGUUCAUCAAAGCUAAUGCCCUUAUCAGCCAUAGCCUGUUUAAUACUUUCGAGAAUCUCCAAGGCAGCAGAGUUAUUGGGUUCCAUGGUCAAAACAUGCUUAACAUCUCUCCGAGCCAAAUCCAAUCGAUUCAAGGCCUCAUAACAUCUAGCUCUCUUCAAUAAGGCCUUACUGUAUUUGGGAGAAACCUCCAAAGCCAAAUUACACUCGUUAAUAGCACGAGGAUACUCACCAAGACCCAUCUGCAUAUAGCAAGCGGCCAUGUUGGUGCGCAGAUAAGCAACGUCAAUAUGGUUCUUGGGAAGUAGCUUGACGGACUUUUCAUACUUCAACAUGGCCCCUUCAUGGUCACGCUUCUGGAACAGCCUGUUGCCUUCUUCUUUGAGCUCCAGUGCCAUGUUGAUGAAGAUUGUUGUGUCCUCGUCAAAGGCCUUGGAAGACUUGUCAGAUGAGCUCUUGGGCAGCUGCUUAACGUUGUUGCUGCUGCUAUCGCCUCUGGGCGUCCUGGGGGAUUGAGGAGCAGUCUUCUUCCCCGUUGGCUUUCCCAUUUCCCGAUUGCAACUUUUUUCUUCAGAUCUACGGAGUCAGCAAAGACAAGCAAUCAAAGGCAGACCAUAGGAGAAAUCACAAGUUGGGUUUUUUACUCCUAUUCUAUUCUAAUCAAAACACCCCCAGCUGCCCAAGGAAGAUCAAGAUAACUAGAGGCCACAGACGCCGAAACCCAGUAAAGCAAAGGACGGGAAGAAAUGAAAUAUGUGCAGAAAAUCAAUAAAGCUCCCAACUUCACAAAUUCAACGGCUCCGGGAAAACGGGGAGAAAGAACUAAAAGAAGAAACAAAGGAGAAAAACAGGGGAAACCCAGAAGAGGGACAAGGAAAAAAAGGCCCUUUUUAUAUCCCUCUGAAGAACUCUUAAUCAAUUGUCUCUGUAGGACAGAGAUUUACAGAGCCAAUCCAGAUAGACGGGUAGAAAGGUCAGGUUUGGUAGGGGAUAAUUUCUUGGUGUGCAGAAAUGGAAAGGUAGGCUUCAGGAGGGAAAUGAAUGUGCCAGGGGAAUAAGAAGGAAUGUGGUGGAGGAAGCAGAACAGAAAGAACAAAGACGAUACAGAGAGAGACAUUCAAU